AUUCUAGAACUCCCUAGAGUUUGUAGAUACUUGUACAUAAUUGUAGAUAUAUGUAGAUCCUUCUAGAUGUGUAUAUUCUAGAAUAGUUCUAGAAUAAUCUACUAAGAUGUAGUAGGAGGAAGUGUCUAGAACACUCUCCAUCCUCGUAGUUCUAGAAUGAUCAUUGUAGCCUAUAAAAGGGGAGGGCCUCAUUUGCCCAGACCACCCAAGUGAAUCCAAGAGUUGUAAAGCAUUCAAGCAAUACAGUAUAAGCAUUCUCCAAGAGCUCUCUCUAAGUUUCUCUAAGUUUCUCUCGUGUGUGCAAUCUUCUCCUAGCUCUCUUCCAAAGAAGGCUUACUUAGGUGCAAGCAAGGCGUGCAUAAGCAUCUAAGGCCGCACAGUUGGCUUGGAAAAACCAAGGCCGUGACACUUGGUAUCAGAGCCAAGGUUACGAAGGCGUUGUGACUAAGGAAGGAAGAGCGCCAUGUCGGAAGUAAUUCACACCGAAGAGAACCGCGGAAGGGAGGCUGUUGCAAACUUGGGCAAGAAGGCCAAAGACAAAUCACGCGACAUCAUGAGUGCCAUGGAGACCCAAGUGGUCAAGGUUGAAGUGGCUAUGGCCGAUGUCAAGGAGCGGUUGGAUUGGUUGGAACAAGGGAUGGAGCAACUUGACGGCAAGUUGGAAUGCCAAGUUGAGGAAUUGCUUGAGUCCGUGCGGGACACCAUCCGGACCAACCAUGAGACCCACAAGCAAGAAAGCUAUGACUUUGAGGAAUGGAUCCUGAAGGCUAUCUCUUAACUCCAAGACCAAGUCCAAGAGCUAAAGGAAGGCUUGGAGAAGACACGGGCGGACUGGGCUAUGUGCAAGCGAGCAGUAGCCAGUGGUGGCAUUACCACUAAUGCGGGAUUCACUCCAAGGCUUGAGGCACCAAAGCCUAAAGAGUUUGAUGGUAAAAAGGAUGCUAAGGAUCUGGACGACUACAUCUGGCACUUAGAGAGGUACUUUGAAGCCUUGAACUUAAAUGAUGAAAUGGCUAAGGUACGCACUGCUUCUCUCUACCUCACUAAGCUUGCUGGAAUUUGGUGGCGUCGUAAGCAUGCGGAAAUAGAAAAAGGCAUGCACUAUCUCCUCAUGGGAAGAAUUUAAGAAUGAACUCAUGAGGCAAUUCUAUCCCGAAAAUGUGGCACAUGAAGCACGACUGAAAAUGAGGGAGUUGAAGCACACCCGCUCUAUCCGGGACUAUGUCCAAGAAUUCUCCGGGUUAAUGCUUCAAAUUCCCAAUAUGAGUGAUGAUGACUUACUUUUCAACUUCACAGCUGGUCUUAAGCAAUGGGCACAAUUGGAGCUACAACGAAGAGGAGUCAAAGACAUCUCCACUGCACUCACUGUAGCUGAGAUAUUGGUGGAGUCCACAAAGCCGGAACCUUCUAACUCAAAGUCCACCAAGGAUGGUCAAGGCAAAGGUGGGGGAGCAAAGUGGGCUAAAGAGUCAAAAGAUUAUAAAGCUCUAAGGAACAAAGAAGUUGGAGGCAAGCCACCAUUGGGCAAGGAUUGGAAAAAAGAUGCCAAGAAAGACAUCAAGCCCAGGGACAACUGCUUCAUUUGCGAUGGGCCACAUUGGGCACAAGAUUGUCCUAAAAGGAAGAACCUUAGUGCAAUGCUUGAGAAGCAAGAGAUGGAAGAGCAAGCACACAUGGGGUGUGUUCAAUUGCUCAAUGCUCUCAAAGCCAACCCGGUGCCAGCAAACAACAAAGACCGAUCCUUGAUGUAUGUGAAUGUCAAUAUCAAUGGGAAGGCUACCCAAGUGAUGGUGGAUACAGGAGCAUCACACAACUUCAUCAAGGAUGAAGAAGCUAAGCGGUUGGGCCUCAAGGUCGACAAGGGUCAAGGAUGGCUCAAUACGGUGAAUGCUGAGGCGAAGCCACUUAAUGGUGUAGCUGGUGGGUUGGAGCUACAGUUGGGCACUUGGCAUGGAAAGGUAGACUUCUCUGUAGCACAAAUGGAUGACUUCAACAUUGUGCUAGGCAUGGAGUUUCUGCGACAAUUCAAUGUAGUGCCACUACCGCGCUACAACUCCAUGUGCAUUCUUGAGGGUGGACCAUGCAAGGUCUCCACGGUGGCCAAGGCCAGUGCGGACAAGAAGGUACUCUCUGCAAUGCAAGUCAAGAAAGGCUUUAAAAAGGGAGAGACCACCUAUCUAGCUAUCCUCCAAGGCGAUGGGGAAGAAAAGGAAGAUGCUCCAGAAAAGGAAGAUGCUCCAAUGGAGACACCAAAGGAGAUUAACAAGGUGCUUGAAGAGUACAAAGAUAUUAUGCCACCCGAGUUGCCUAAGAGACUUCCACCUAGGAGGGAGGUGGACCACAAGAUUGAGAUGGAGCCAGGCGCCAAGCCACCAGCAAUGGCACCAUACCGAAUGUCUCCACCGGAGUUGGAGGAACUACGGAGACAACUAAAAGACUUGCUGGAUGCGGGCUUCAUCCAACCAUCAAAGGCACCAUAUGGAGCACCGAUGUUGUUUCAAAAGAAGCACGAUGGAUCAUUGCGGCUAUGCAUCGACUACUGGGCUCUCAACAAGGUAGCAAUCAAAAACAAAUACCCCAUUCCUUUGAUUGCCGAUCUAUUUGAUCAAUUGGGGCAUGCGAAGUUCUUUUCUAAGCUUGACCUAAGGUCGGGGUACUAUCAAGUGCGGAUUGCAGAAGGUAAUGAGCCAAAGACUGCUUGUGUGACUCGCUAUGGCUCAUAUGAAUUCUUAGUAAUGCCCUUUGGCCUCACCAACGCACCCGCCACAUUUUGCACAUUGAUGAACAAGAUCUUCCAUCCCUACUUGGACUAGUUCGUAGUGGUCUAUUUAGAUGACAUAGUCAUCUAUAGCACCACCCUUGAGGAACAUGUCGAGCACCUACGGACCGUCUUCAAGACGCUGAGGGAGAAUGAGUUAUAUGUCAAGAAAGAAAAAUGUUCAUUUGCGAAAGAAAAAGUCUCAUUCCUCGGCCACAAGAUAAAGGGAGGCAAGCUUAGUAUAGAAGAAGACAAGGUGAAGGUUAUCAAAGAAUGGGAACCGCCCACCAAGGUAACAGAACUACGGUCUUUUCUUGGGCUUGUCAACUACUACUGGCGGUCUAUCAAGGGCUAUUCAGCGAUAACAGCCCCUCUCACUGACAUGCUCAAGAAAGGCAAGGCAUGGGAAUGAAUGGGGAAAUGCCAAGAUGCUUUCGACAAGCUAAAGGAGGCAAUAACGAAGGAACCAGUCUUGGCUCUACCAUAUUAUGCCAAAUCAUAUGAGGUACACACUGAUGCAUCAGACUUUUCCAUUGGAGGUGUUUUGAUGCAGGAUGGAUAUCCUAUUGCCUACGAAAGUCGGAAGCUCAAUGACACGGAGCGGCGCUAUACGGUCGAAGAAAAGGAAAUGGCGGCCAUCAUACACUGUCUACGGACUUGGUGGCACUACUUACUUGGUUCCAAGUUUGUGGUGAAAACCAACAAUUUCCAGACUCAACGGAAGCUAAGUCCGAAGCAAGCAUGGUGGCAAGACUUCUUGGCCGAAUUCGACUAUGUCAUGGAGUACAAGCCCAGCAAGGCAAACCUUGUAGUGGAUGCGUUAAGCAGGAAGGCUGAGCUAGCUACCAUUGUGAAGCUAAAAGGGGAGUUGCUAACUCUAAUCAAAGAAGGCAUGGAGCACGACAACCUGGCUAAGAGCUUGGUAGCAAAGGCCAAAGAGGGAAAAACUAAGUGGUUUUGGGAAGAAGAUGUCAUCCUUUACACAAAGGGGCGAUGAGUUUAUGUUCCAAAGUGGGGAAACCAAUGGAGGAAUCUUAUCAAGGAAUGCCAUGACACCCAAUGGGCUGGCCAUCCGGGACAAAAACAUACUCAGGCACUAUUGGAGUCAACCUACUAUUGGCCACAAAUGCGGGAUGAGGUAGAGCAAUAUGUAAAGACUUGUCUUGUGUGCCAACAAGAUAAGGUGGAGAAUCAAAGUCUAGCAAGGUUAUUGGAGCCACUCCCCAUACCUAGCAAACCGUGGGAAAGCAUUAGUAUGGACUUCAUAGUGGCACUGCCCAAGUCUGAAGGGUGCAAGAGUAUUCUAGUGGUGGUAGACCACUUCUCCAAGUAUGCUACGUUCAUAGUCGAGGAGACAACCAAGCUGUUCUUCAAGCAUGUGGUGAAGUACUAGGGCUUGCCACAGUCCAUCAUUAGUGACCGAGAUUCAAGGCUUACGAGCAAGUUUUGGACCGAGUUGUUCAAACUAAUGGGAUCAGCACUCCAUUUCUCUACUAGCUUCCACCCUCAAACAGAUGGACAAACCGAAAAGGUGAAUGCGUUGUUGGAGCUAUACUUGAGGCAUUUUGUAAAUGCCAACCAGCGUGAUUGGGCUAAGUUGCUUGAUAUAGCCCAAUUCUCCUAUAAUUUGCAACGGAGUGAGGCAACUAAUCGGAGUCCGUUUGAGCUAGCCACGGGGCAACAACCACUCACUCCCCACUCUUUGGUGACCAACUCAACAAGGAGUCCAUCGGCCUACAAGGUUGCUAAACACUUGGAAUGAACAAGUAGAUGUGGCACGAUCUUACCUUGACAAGGCAACAAAGAAGAUGAAGAAGUGGGCGGAUGAGAAGAGGCGGCACCGGUAGUUCAAUAUUGGUGACUUGGUUAUGGUAAAGAUUUUGUCUAGCCAAAACAAGUUCAUCCGAGGCCUACACAAGGGGCUUGUACGCCGUUAUGAUGGGCCAUAUCAAAUAACCAAGAAGGUGGGUAAGGUUGCUUACAAACUUGACUUACCCCCACAUCUCAAACUUCACCCAGUCUUCCAUGUGAGCUGCUUAAAGCCCUACUACAAAGACGAGGAAGACCCGGAUAGAGGCAAGUCAAAGAGGGCACCAUUGGGCAUCACAGCAACUUAUGACAAGAAGGUAGAGUUUGUCUUAGCAGACCGAGUGGUCUGACGACAAAACUAUGCCCCAAGUCAUGAGCACUUGGUGAAAUAGAAGGGCUUGCCUGAUUGUGAAGCAAGUUGGGAACCGGCAGAGGCAUUAUGGCAGUUCCAAGAAAAGAUACAACAGUUUCAUGAAGAAGAUGCGACGAGGGCGUCGCCGCAUUAAGUGGGGGAGAAUGUCACAGACUGAUAAACUUUGAAGCUGUCCCUUACUAAGAAAGCCUUGGGAGGUUCUGGAGAUCACUGGAACAUUCUAGAACUCCCUAGAGUUUGUAGAUACUUGUACAUAAUUGUAGAUAUAUGUAGAUCCUUGUAGAUGUGUAUAUUCUAGAAUAGUUCUAGAAUAAUCUACUAAGAUGUAGUAGGAGCAAGUGUCUAGAACACUCUCCAUCCUUGUAGUUCUAGAAUGAUCAUUGUAGCCUAUAAAAGGGGAGGGCCUCAUUUGCCCAGACCACCCAAGUGAAUCCAAGAGUUGUAAAGCAUUCAAGCAAUAUAAUACAAGCAUUCUCCAAGAGCUCUCUCUAAGUUUCUCUAAGUUUCCCUCGUGUGUGCAAUCUUCUCCUAGCUCUCUUCCAAAGAAGGCUUACUUAGGUGCAAGCAAGGCGUGAAUAAGCAUCUAAGGCCGCACGGUUGGCUUGGAAAAACCAAUGCCGUGACACUUGGCUCCUUAAUAGGCAUGGCAUUACCAGCUUAACCGAAAAGGGUUGAAAGCAAUGCAAAUCUACAUGUCCCAACAUGAAAAUACUAGUUUGGCAUGUGCCCUUGGGUUACAGUUAAAAUUGCAUGAGUUCCUUGUCAUGGCAUGAGAACUUACUUGAAGCUUUUUGAUAGGGUAGGCAUGGACGAUGGGCUUAAAUGGUACUUGAAAUUUUAGUUUGUUUAUGUGUGGAGGAGGAUUAUAAGAUAGAUAUAUUGAUAACAUCAUAUUCCUUAAGUUCUUUGCAUGGGGUUCUAUCAAAUGCUUACUAAAUCACCAUUCACCAGGCCUUAAGACUAUCUUUGUUCUUCUUCUUUGAAAAUGUUCAGUUGCUGUGAUAAGAUGGAAAGUUAGGCAAGUUUCCAUUGUAAUUUUGUGAAGUGUUCUUUUUGUUACUUCAUAUAUAUAUAUAUAUAUAUUCUUUUGGGUUUUUAGGGUUAUUAUAAGGGAUGGCAAAAAUGACCAGAGUUGAUUGUAUUUGACCCAACUUGACUGUAAUAAAAAAGUUUCGGAAAGCAUUGAUAGGGUAGGGUUGAGUAUAGGGGGGCCACGGUAAAGUAUGAAAUUGUAUUACUAAAAUAAUUGAGCUUAAAAUCAAGAAUUCAAGCACAAAACCUAAAAAACCCUGACCCGUUACCAUCCCUUUAUGUUAAUUAUUAGACUGAAUCCAUCAUAUAGUCCACGUUUUAUGUUUACUCAACCAAGUUCACUAUAUAUGUUCUUGAUUAAGUCUAGGCUAUUGGUUUCUCAUGUCAUUAAUUCUCUGUCCUUUUAUUCAAAUAAUGAAGAUUUGAUUGAAGAAUUAUGGAGGUGUUCAAUUUAAAUAUUCAAAUUGCAUAGGAAAGUGUUGAUG